AGUGGUUUGACCUUUAGAGAGAAAUGUAACGUGUUCCUCGCUCGCCACUAUAUAAGUGCAUGACAAAGCAUCCAAAUGCACGCAUGAGAACCUCAACACAGAGAACAUCAGCAUGCUGUGCCUGCCACCCCUGCUGCUGCUACUGUGUGGCGUUCACGGCAACGUAUCGCCAACGGAGUCCCCUCCCACGUUCGAGUACAAAAAUCCAUCCACCGGGGAGAUCCUCGCGUGCAACAAGUGUCCGCCCGGCACGCGCAUGUCCGCUCACUGCACGGCCGCCGAGCAAACGCAAUGCGUGCCGUGCAGAGAUGGACACUUCACGGAGCUGUGGAAUUACCUGCCCAAGUGUCUCUACUGCAACCAAUUCUGUAGCGGCGACGAGGAGGUGGAGAUCGAAUGUGGACCUCGCAACAAUAGAGUGUGUCGCUGCAAGGAGGGCUACUACAAGACGGAAGAUUACUGCAAUAAACACUCAAAGUGCGCCCACGGAUACGGCGUUCUUACUCGAGGUACAUUAGAAAAUGACACCGUGUGUCAAAAGUGCUCCAAUGGCUUCUUCUCCGCCUCUUCGUCGUCAUUGGAGGCGUGUGCCAAGCACAAGGAGUGCAUCGACGGGCAGCUCGUGCUCUUCAAUGGCUCCGCAGCCCAUGACAUGAUCUGUGGUCGAUGUGAGGACCUUGCAAAUGGAGGUGAGCUGCUCAGGACCUUCUUGUCAAGAUUCUUUGGUAGGCAAAGAAUGCACUCAGUGAAAACGAGGAGAUUUUUCAACAAAUAUAUUAAGUCUGAAAUGGAAAGAAACACCAUGCCCUUCUUGACUCGACAUCAGUUGCGACGUCAUUUGUUGCAUCGAAUCAAGAGUUGGCUCCAAAUAGCCCCGGAGAAGGAGCUGAAGAUGUUACCACACAUGCUGAGAGCUUGUCAGCUAAACUCUGUGGCAACAAAGCUGUACAAGACACUCAAAGGGAUUGAAAGGCAGCAAUCAAACUGUACCUUAACGCAUUUAUUCUCCUUUGACUAAUUGUGUUCUUUUCACAAUAAACAUACCAAAUUGGUCUAAUUGUAAUUGUGU